UAAACUGUUUACUUAUGCGCUCUUCUCCACCGCCUCCGUCUCAAUUUGGAAAUCCGUUUUCUCGGUUAAAUCAACCACAGCCCCACACUACCUGUACAUUUCGAUUUUCCAUUAAUUAAAAAUUUAAAAAACCCCUCAAAAUUCUUAGUUUUUCAAAAUUAAAAAUUAUAUUUUCUUACAAAAAAAUCACAUCACCUCAUAUUUAUAUCCUAAUAAGAGAAACAGAUUGAUAGACAUUCAUGUAUACCAUUAACGCAUAUUUCUCUUGCUCUUCUUGUUCCGAUCAUUUCCGGUGACAACUCCGAUCAGUUAAUAGUCCGACAAUCGAGUUCGGAAGUCUGUUUGGCUUCGAUACUAGUAUGAAAUAGAGAUGACAAGAGAAUGAGAAACCAUCGACGGCGAUCAUGUCACUGCCGUGCUCCGAUUGCUUCACCGACCUUCUCUGCAGCGAAGACUCAUCCGGAAUUUUCUCCGGCGAAUCGCCGGAAUGCUCAUCGGACCUCGAAUCUCCAGCCUGUAUCGAAGAGUCCAUUGCCAGUUUCAUUGAGGAUGAGAGAAACUUUGUGCCUGGAUUCGAUUACUUAUCUCGGUUCCAAUCUCGCUCUCUCGAUGCAUCGGCUCGCGAAGAAUCCGUUGCAUGGAUUCUCAAGGUGCAAGCAUACUAUAGAUUCCGGCCAUUGACGGCUUAUCUCACCGUCAACUAUUUGGAUCGGUUUCUUUAUUCUCGUUCGUUGCCGCAAACGAGUGGAUGGCCAAUGCAACUUUUAUCUGUUGCUUGCUUGUCACUAGCAGCUAAAAUGGAGGAAGCCUUAGUUCCUUCUCUGUUGGAUCUCCAGGUUGAAGGUGCAAAAUAUGUCUUUGAACCCAGAACAAUCCGCAGAAUGGAACUUCUCGUUCUCGGUGUGUUGGAUUGGAGGUUGCGAUCUGUAACACCAUUUAGCUUUCUUGCUUUCUUCGCUUGCAAGAUCGAUUCAACGGGAGAGUACAUUGGGUUUCUGAUAUCACGGGCCACGGAAAUCAUUUUAUCUAAUAUGCAAGAAGCGAGCUUUCUGGAGUAUUGGCCCUCAAGCAUUGCCGCUGCAGCUAUACUUUGUGCAGCCAAUGAAAUGCCAAACUUGUCUCUUGUUAAUCCUGAACACGCAGAAUCAUGGUGUGAUGGACUAAGCAAAGAAAAAAUCAACAGCUGCUAUCAGUUAAUGCAAGAUCUUGUGCUUGACAAUGGUAGGAGGAAAUCCCCAAAAGUCUUACCGAUGCUAAGAGUAACAAUCCGAGCGAGAAUGAGGUCCUGUGACUCAUCUGCAUCUCCAUCUUCAUCUUCAUCCUCAUCGUCAUCAUUUUAUAAAAGGAGAAAAUUAAAUAACUGCUUAUGGGUGAAUGAUGACAAAGUAAACACCGAAUGAGGGCAGGUAUGAUAUUAAAAAAUGAAGGAAAGCAAAGAGAGAGAGAAAAAAAAGGAAACAAAUUAAUGGGGGGGUCCAAGUUAUCUAGAAUCCUCAAAAAUAUUUUUCUUGGAGGGUUUUGAGGCCAAAUUGACUCCGGUGAUGUAGAUUGUUUUGUGUAUAUAUGUGUGAUUAGAGUUUGGUGAGUUUGGAGGUUUAUUAAUUUCUUUUUUGGUGGGGUUUGCCAUUGAUUAUUUAUGGCAUUGCAGAUUCCCAAGGGAGAGGGGUUUGUUACCUUAUUAUUUUUGCGUGAGAAAGGUGGGAGAAGAAAGAGAAAGCUUAUAUGUUUUAAAUAGUAGAGCCAUGGAGUGGGAAUUAAAGAAGUGGGGUGAUGAAAUUCAAUGGUGGCAUCGAUUAUUGAAUGAAAGGAAGGAGAUGGUGGGGCCUUAAGUGGCAAAGAAAAUCAGAUGGGUUAGCUAAAAUAGCGAUUGAUCUUUGAAGAUUGAGUUGUUCAUGGAAAACAAAAUAAAAGCUACCUCGCUAGCUUCUUAUAUCUUGACCACCAUCAUUUUCAUCGCUCCGUCUUUUGAUGGAAAAACCAAAGACCCCCAAACAAAAGGAAAACACUAAUGUGGCUCUCUCAGCACAUGAUAUGAUAUGUUUAUUGAUUUUGAGAGUGGUUUGUGUGCAUAUGCAAUAGUAUUGCAUAGAACACGUGUCUCUGUGUGCUUUUUUGGGCGGGAAUUUCCUCUUCUAAUUGUCUUCGCCAUGGUCUCUGUAAAUUUUUUUCUUAAAUUCUUUUUUUUCUUUUACUUCAUUUAAUUUUUUUUUUCAAGAGGAAAACCUCUUACGAGGCCUAAAUUCGGCCUGGCAAAUACGAAGGUCUUUGGGGCCUUUCACGCGUGCUUGUAUCUGAAUCUGAUUAUUGAUAUAAUAAUCCAAACAAUAAUUUCUUUCUUUUUCUUUA